AUGUGCAGUGUGCUGCGCUUUCAGCGAAAUAUGGCCAGCUGGGUGAAGCGGCAUGUGUUCACCUUUGAUUUGGGGGACAUCCAGGAGAAAAGAGGUAGCGACAGUGGUUCGGGACAGUCUAGAAGCACUGCCGAUAGAUAUUUCAAUGCUGUUUUUGGUCUGGGGUUGUUACUAUUCUGCAUUGUAUGCAUGGCGUACUUAAGCCCUUUUCUGGGUUCGGAUUUACCGCAGUGCCGGUCCGUGACGAUGUAUCCGUCGUACGCACUGGUACAAGGCUUCGAUCGUCGGUUCUCGCGGCUUGGGCGGAAGUACCAUCUCUACCUCUACCGGGAGGCCGGCAAGGACAACGGCUUUUCGGAUGAUAACGAAAUCCAUCUUGACGGCAUUCCAGUGCUGUUUAUACCCGGGAACGCUGGUACGUACAAGCAGGUACGAUCGAUUGCGGCGGCGACCGCCAAUCUGUACUACGGUGAGAUGCGCGACGCGCUGAAUAACAAUAACACGAAGAACUUAGACUUCUUUACUGCGGACUUCAAUGAGGACUUUACGGCUUUUCAUGGCCGCACGAUGCUUGACCAGGCCGAGUACUGCAACGAUGCCAUCCGAUACAUCCUAAGUAUUUAUGAGUUGAGCGACAAGUACAGAGCUUCGGGCGAGCCGUUGCCGACUUCCGUUUUGGUGGUCGGGCAUUCGAUGGGGGGUAUUGUCGCGCGGGUGAUGACGACGUUGAAGAACCAUAUUCCACAGAGCAUAAACACAAUUCUUACGCUUUCGUCACCACAUUCUACAGCGCCAGCUACAUUUGAUGGUGAUAUAUUGAAGAUAUAUAACGCGAUGAAUGCGUUCUGGGAAAGCAAGUUCAGGGACAGAGACAAGGACCCCUUCUAUGCCGAGAAUGUCUCUGUGAUAUCUAUCACUGGUGGUGUUUUAGAUUCUGUCCUGCCGGCAGAUUACACUUCAUUAGAGGGAAUUAUUCCAUCCGAUAAUGGAUUUACUACUUACACGACCACUAUCCCCUGGGUAUGGACUCCUAUUGACCACUUAGCUAUUGUGUGGUGUGACCAGCUACGAAUAGUAGUGGCAAAAUUACUCCUAGAAUUGGUCGAUCGGACAUCUGCCAGCAAGACGCGUCCUCUUCCUGACCGGAUGAGGCUAGCGAGAAGAUCCCUACUCAGUGGCCUCGAAAGUUCAGCUUCUGCUGAUUUCCAUCUGUGGGACAACGAGGAUUAUAUCUUUCAGCCAAAAGUUGCUCCUGGUGCCUUAACUACCGCCCAAGAGAUGUCUCCUAUUCUAUUGAACGUGGAAACAUACGAUACUUUGAAUGAGUACAACUACCUUGCCAUACCCCACAAUGAGCCAAAUUUGCGCUUUUCGUUACUCACAUCUUUAGAAAAUUUGGAGGAACUCCAUAUUCUAUUUUGUCAAAAUUAUAAUGAACAUAACAGCAACGGACCCAUUGAAUAUUCCUCAAGAUGUGUAUCCCCUUCGCAAGAUUUCAUUCAUGUCCCCAGAUCUUUUGAAAAUUCAAAAUACCCGUCAGAAAGUUCGGUAGGGAGUGCUAGUCUGCCAUUCAAGGCCCUUCAUUUUAACCAGACCUUACUAUCGAAGUAUGACUUUAUUAAAUUCCGUAAACCAUCGAAAAGCUCAUUCAAGGACGAAGAUUUUGUACUCGUGGAGCUCAGUACAACGGACUGGCAGACUACUGUGAACUGUAAUCCUUUCCAACUACUAUUAUCCAGUGCCAAGUUCGCUCACAACGCUUCGUCCGCGCCGUUCAUCCAGACGUUCCGUUUCCCAUAUUUAUCCAGUUCAUUGGUUUCAUACAAAUUAGAUGUGAGCUAUACAGGAGAAAAUCUUGUUUUCGAGCCUUUCAUAGCCCAGUCGAUUGAUUCACCAUUUGAGACAAAGUGGCAUCUCAGGUUACGCGAUUCUGUGACGAUCACAAUUCAUAGCGAGGCACCGUUCAUCCCUUUUGAGAGCCACUACGAUAAAUCGGUAAAAUUAAGACUGAUUGCUCCACCAGAUUGUAAUAUUAAUCUAUCAUUAUCCAUAAACUGGUACAUGACAUUAAAAUUUCUGUUUAUUCGGUAUCGGUUGGCUGUAGCAGCAUUACCUCUCAGCCUCGUCUCGUUUGUCUUAGCCAACCAAUUCGCCCUCUACUACAGCUCCUCAUUCUUCCCUGAUUUUUCUACCACAUUAAGGGCCGUGACUUCAAAGUUUUGGCUAAAACUUACCCUUUCCAGUAUUUUACUAACUCCCAUUUUGAACAUUUCAUUCAUUCAGCGGCUAAUACACUCUCUGGAUCCCAGUGGCGUGAAUAGCCCGUUCCUGAUUCGCAAGAAAAAUAUAAUGACUGCAGCUUAUUAUUUGGGUAUUCGAGAGAUUUUUAUGUGCUGGAUUGGUCCACUAUUGAGCUGUAUAACCUUGUCUUUGGUUUAUAUGCUUGCUUUUGGAAUAUCGACUUUGGAAUCAUGUGUUCGUAGGGUAUCUUGUUACAUGAGCACUGCCAUUUCCAAGACGCGGAUGAAAGAAAUAUGGUUGAAGGAUGAAUGUGAAUAUGAGGAAGGCCUUGUUUUACGAAGACGUAUUGGUAGCGGCAUUAUGAUUCUGGCGGUAGUACUCUAUGUGCCAUACCAACUGGUCUUCGUGUUGUUGUUUCUAGUACAGUUGAACACAGUCAUAAAAUUGAACAUAAACUAUUUCAACACAAAGCGGCAUUCCAACUUGAGAAAUUACAAUUCCUCUUAUCUUUUAUUGAUGCUCUGCGUGCUACCCAUUAAUGCACCCAUGGUAUUCGUCUUUUUACACAACUUUGGGAGACGCUGGGUUACAUCAUUUAGAUCCCAUCAUAAUUGUCUAGCGAUCCUUCCUAUAAUACUACUUGUCUGUGACAAUGCUGGCCUCCGGAUACCGCGCUCCCACUGCAUCGAAAGAAUUAGUAAGUUGAUAACCAUCGGUUCCUUCCUUUACCUUUCAUUGUAUUCGGUAAUAUAUGGUAUCAGAAACCUGUUCUGGGCUCACCAUUUGGUGAACCUCAUAUCUGGAUGGUUACUCUUCACCUCUUUGGACCUUACAUCAAAUAAUUAA